AUGCAGCCGCUCAUGGAUAUUGACCUCGAUGAUGCUAGGCCUGUUACUCCCAUUCUAGGAGGGGAUAAUAAGCAGGACCUGCUCAAAUUAGAUGAACCGCCUGAGGAUGCUGUCGAGAACAUUGGACAACAACUUACGACCAAAUUCUGGAUCCCUGCAGGUGGUGUGCUCGGGUACUUUGCCAGUGAUCGCCUGGAUAUCCUGCCUCGCAUUGCUGAGGGGACUGGUACUGAGAUUUCUGUGGAUACCGAUAAUGGUGUACGUGUGUUUGGGACCAAUGCCGAUGUCGAGGAGGCCCUGGAGAAACUUGCUACUGUGGAAGGGCCCCUGGUAAGUUUUCCUGGCUUCUACUGA